GUUGAAGGUUGAACCGUGACGCCUGUAGUCUACUCCUGAAGGGGCAGUUUUAAAUUCUUGAAUUUUUACUUACAAAAUACCAUGCAACAUACGUUAGAGAAGGUCGGUCACCUUGUUCUCCAAGUUUGUCACUUUAAUAUUAAAUUUAGAAAAGGAAAGAAAAGAAAGAAAAGAAGAGAAAAGUAAUAUACACAAUUAAGAAAAAAAAAAAAAAAAAAAAAGGGGAGAGAGAGGGAGAAAAUAAAUCAGACAGAGAGUGGACAUGUGAAUAUGCGAUGCGAGAGAUGAAAAAACCUCAGCUUUAAAACCCACAAAAACGCUCUCAAGAAAAUAAUAACAAAACAAUAAAACCCCCCUUCUUCUUCUUCUCUCUUUCUCAAAAUUUGUCAUAUAUACUCUAUCCUUCACAUAUACAAAUAAAAUCCUCAAUCUUUUACCUUAUUGCUGUCUCUCUCUAGAAAAUCCAAGAAAAAGAAAAAGACUCUACCUUUUAAUUAGUUGCUAAUAAUGGAGGAUUCAAAUAGCAAUAACAUAACAAACAAUGUGGCAAGAGCCAUUGUUGCUGCUCUUGACUGGAACUCUACUCCUGAUGCUCGCAAAGCCGCCGUUUCUUUUCUUGAAUCCAUAAAAACAGGAGAUGUACGCAUUCUGGCAAAUACAUCGUUCCUUCUUGUAAAAAAGGAUUGGUCUUCUGAAAUCCGGUUGCAUGCUUUCAAGAUGCUGCAGCAUUUGGUUAGGUUGCGAUGGGACGAAUUAAGCCCAAUGGAACGCAGGAAUUUUGCAAAUGUUGCUGUUGAAUUGAUGUCUGAGAUUGCAAAUUCUUGUGAAGAAUGGGCUCUUAAAAGUCAGACAGCUGCCCUUGUUGCUGAGAUUAUUAGAAGAGAAGGUGUUGAACUUUGGCAAGAGCUUCUUCCAUCUCUGGUUUCCCUAUCCGGCCAGGGUCCUGUUCAAGCUGAGUUGGUUUCAAUGAUGCUGAGAUGGCUUCCUGAAGAUAUUACAGUUCACAAUGAAGAUUUAGAAGGUGAUCGGCGCAGGCUUUUGUUACGGGGGCUUACCCAAUCCUUGCCUGAAAUCUUACCUUUAUUAUACACUUUACUAGAAAGACACUUUGGAGCUGCUUUGCAUGAUGUUGGGAAGCAACAACUGGAUGCUGCAAAACAGCAUGCUGCCACAGUAACAGCUACUCUGAAUGCUGUUAAUGCAUAUGCAGAGUGGGCUCCUUUGCCUGAUCUAGCUAAAUAUGGAGUAAUUCAUGGGUGUGCUUUUUUACUUUCUUCUGCUGACUUCCGUCUUCAUGCUUGUGAGUUUUUCCGACUUGUCUCCCCAAGGAAGAGACCUGUCGAUGCCUCUGCUUCUGAAUUUGAUUCUGCAAUGAGUAAUAUCUUUCAGAUUUUGAUGAAUGUCUCCAGAGAAUUUUUAUACAAAUCUGGGUCGAGUGCUGGGGUUGUAGAUGAGACUGAAUUUGAGUUUGCAGAAUAUAUCUGUGAGAGUAUGGUAUCUUUGGGGUCUUCCAACUUGCAAUGUAUUUCUGGUGAUAGCAAUAUGCUCUCUCAUUAUUUGCAACAGAUGCUGGGGUUUUUUCAACAUUAUAAGCUAGCUCUUCAUUAUCAAUCUCUGGUCUUUUGGCUGGCGCUAAUGCGAGAUCUGAUGUCCAAGCCAAAAGUUGUUGCGCAGCCAUCUGGAGAUGUUUCUGCUGUUAACAACAUGGGCCCUGGUUCUGGGCAGGUUGAUAAUGAAAAGACAAAGAUUCUAAGUCUAAUAACUGAUGACAUUUGCAGCACAAUUAUGGAUAUCAAUUUCCAGCGCAUGCUUAAAAGAGAAAAGGUGUUUCCUGGAUCAUCUCUUUAUCUUGGGACAUUAGAGUUAUGGAGUGAUGAUUUUGAAGGAAAAGGCGAUUUCAGCCAGUAUCGUUCGAAGCUGUCUGAAUUGAUGAAGUUUAUUGCUAUUUUUAAGCCGCUAAUAGCCAGUGCUAAAAUUUCUGAGAGAAUAUUUUCAAUCAUCAAGAGCCUCUUGGUUUCGCCAAUGCCUGUUCAGGAAUUAGCUGUGAUGGAAUCCACACAAGUGGCUCUGGAAAAUGUUGUAAACGCAAUUUUUGAUGGAUCAAGUGAAUUUGCAGGGGGUAGUCCAGAAGUUCACCUUGCUUUGUGUAGAAUAUUUGAAGGUUUACUUCAGCAACUUCUUUCAUUGAAAUGGUCGGAACCAGCUCUUGUGGAAGUUCUUGGGCACUAUUUAGAAGCAUUGGGUUCCUUCUUGAAAUAUUUUCCGGAUGCUGUGGGCAGUGUUAUCAAUAAACUAUUUGAGCUUCUGACUUCACUUCCAGUUGUUGUUAAGGAUCCAUCAACAAGUAGUGCACGGCAUGCAAGACUACAGAUCUGUACCUCAUUCAUUCGAAUAGCCAAAACUUCUGACAAAAGCAUUCUGCCUCACAUGAAGGGUGUAGCAGAUACUAUGGCAUACAUGCAAAGAGAAGGUUGCCUACAUCGUAGUGAACAUAAUCUUCUAGGUGAAGCAUUUCUUAUUAUGGCUUCUGCUGCUGGGACUCAACAACAGCAAGAAGUUUUGGCCUGGUUACUUGAACCUUUGAGCCAGCAGUGGGUGCAGAUUGACUGGCAAAAUAACUAUUUAUCUGAACCACUUGGUUUAGUUCGCUUGUGCUCUGAGACACCAUUUAUGUGGUCAAUUUUCCACACUGUGACAUUCUUUGAGAAGGCACUUAAAAGGAGUGGAACUAGGAAAGGAAAUACAACUUUACAGAACAGCUCAACAAGUACUCUUUUGCAUCCUAUGGCUUCACAUCUAUCCUGGAUGCUGCCUCCUUUGUUAAAAUUGCUACGUGCCAUACAUUCGCUUUGGUCUCCAGCCAUAUAUCAGGCAUUACCUGGAGAACUAAAAGCUGCCAUGACAAUGAGUGAUGUUGAGCGUUAUGCUCUUCUUGGUGAAGGAAACACCAAAUUGCCAAAGGGUGCUUUAACUUUCAUAGAUGGGUCUCAGAUUGACAUGAGUAAGGAAGGGUACACAGAAAUUAAUGAAGCUGAUAUACGGAAUUGGUUAAAAGGCAUCAGAGACAGUGGGUACAAUGUCUUGGGCCUAUCGAUGACCAUUGGUGAUCCAUUUUUUAAAUGCUUGGAUAUUCAUUCUGUUAGUGUAGCACUGAUGGAGAAUAUACAGUCAAUGGAGUUCAGGCAUAUCAAGCAGCUUGUUCAUUCAGUUUUGAUGUAUUUGGUCAAAUCUUGUCCUUCGGAAAUGUGGAAAGUUUGGUUGGAAAAACUCCUGUAUCCAUUAUUUCUCCACGUGCAGCAGGUUCUCAUCUUUUCUUGGUCUAGUCUUUUGCAUGAAGGUAAAGCAAGGGUGCCAGAUGUCCUUGGAAUGCUUGCUGGGUCAGACCUGAAAGUGGAAGUAAUGGAGGAGAAACUGCUACGAGAUCUAACGCGCGAGACAUGCUCACUUCUUUCUGCUAUAGCUUCACCAGGUGUAAAUACUGGACUUCCUUCUUUGGAACAAUCUGGGCAUGUCAACCGCAUUGAUAUAUCUUCUCUAAAGGACUUGGAUGCUUUUGCAUUAAACUGUAUGGUUGGUUUCCUGUUGAAGCACAAAGGUCUGGCCCUUCCAGCAUUGCAGAUUUGUUUAGAAGCUUUCACUUGGACAGAUAGUGAAGCAGUGACAAAAGUUUCUUCCUUUUGUGCUACAGUUAUUGUUCUAGCUAUAUCAACAAAUAGUGUUGAACUCCGAGAAUUUGUUUCAAAAGAUCUAUUCUAUGCAAUUAUCAAAGGCUUGGAGCUUGAGUCAAAUGCAGUCAUCAGCGCAGAUCUGGUUGGUCUCUGUCGAGAAAUAUAUAUUUAUCUUCGUGAUAGAGAUCCAGCGCCAAGACAGGUUCUACUCUCUCUCCCUUGUAUAACAACCCAAGAUUUGGUUGCUUUCGAAGAAGCUUUGACAAAGACAUCUAGUCCCAAGGAGCAAAAGCAGCAUCUGAAGAGCUUGCUUCUAUUAGCUACUGGAAACAAGUUGAAGGCACUUGCUGCUCAGAAAAGUGUAAAUAUCAUCACAAAUGUUACAACAAGACCUCGAAGCUCAGUCAAUGCUGCAGAAACCAGAAUUGACGAGGGGGAAUCUGUGGGAUUGGCGGCCAUUUUGUGAGGAACUCCAUGCACAUUGCAGAGUUGAUGUACAGAUACAUGUUCAACAUAAAAAGAAGAUAUUCGGUUUGACAAAUAUAGAGGUAGUACACAGAGGCAGGUUUUUAUUGCCAUAAUUUUUAUAUGCAACUGAUCAACCCCCAGCCAAAUUGAAAUUUGUAGAAUAUCUGGCAUUCCAUGGCAUAUUGCAUUAUCCUUUGCUUUUGUUGCCAUGGGAAGCUGUCUCACAUGAUGAUUACCUUUUUGGUAAUUUAUUUAUUUUUGUCUUCCUGGUCUUGCUUGCUUGUAUUUGCAGUUUCAAGCAAAUAUCAAUGUGUAUAUAAUUGCCGUUCACAGCCUUGUUGUCUUUAUUUGCUUUUGAUUACAUUCCAUGCCUCUAUUUAUUUUAGCCAUUGCAAGACAAUUGGAAAGAUACAGUGGCUAUUGCGGUCUUCUCCCUCCCUUUAUAAUUUCUGGAUCACUUCAAUAAAACCAUCAGUGUUGUCAGUGCACAUAUUUGUAAAAAAGUGUGUUAUUUACUAUUAGUGUGAUGAUUAAUUAAAUAUCUAUGGAGCUCGUUCUUUAUUUCACCUAAACAACAUAAUAAUGAUAAUGAAACGAGUAUCAUUAUAGUUAUAUUUUCAACAUGGUAACAAUGCAAUUAAUGCUACCGACUGAUAUGAAUUAUUUAACUAAAUAACAAGCUUAUGGCAACCUUCCAACUAAAACAAAGGUACCAAUGUAAGUACAAUAGUCGUACAUUAGGAACUUGUUUGUUUUAGCAGUUCCUAGCUUUGAAUGGUAGCUAAGAAGAGUAUACCUCUCUAUGUUUUUCCAAAAAUUUGAUGGCAGUUCAAAAUAAAUUAAUUAAUAAAUAAUUAUCUUUUUGUUUUCAAUUAUUGGAUUCAAUUCAUAGAUAAUUAGCAAAAAAAAUAUGAUUCAUUGAGCAAAAUCGAAAACUAACCACCAUAGUUGCUCAAUUGGGCAUUUCCCUUAUAUAUUAUACAGUACUUGUUAAUCUUAAGCUUAUUACAAGUUGAACUUUAACGUUUACUUUCCCAUAAUUCUUCAAAUCCCUUUUAAGAAUAAAUUGUAGUAAUCAGUGAUGUGAAAAGGAUAUAAUAUGUCCUGUCUGAACUGUUUGAAAUCUAACGUCACUCUUCCCUGCCAAGGAAAAGAAAGGACUCGCCAAAUUGGGAGUUCAGUUUUGCAUCGGAAGUUCUUGUUCAGACAUUAGUGGUUUGCCUGUGGAAGCAAGUUUACAAAUGUUUCUUAACCCAAUAUCAUCAGAAAAGAAAAAAAGAAAAAGUUUCAUAUAUAUAGCUUAAGAUUUCUACUAUAGUAUCCAAACCCAAGAUUGUAAAAGAUCAAAGAAAAAACAUUUGCGUAACCCUAAAAAUAUAGUUUGGGUAGGUCUCAGUAUUCUAAGUUUCCUACAUAUGAUAAACUCUCCCUUUCUUCAGGCCCUUGUUUUCUGAAGUUUUACAUGUCCACACCAAUCGCAUUGUGCCACUGCACUACUACGAGCAGUUGAUUCCAUUCACCAUGUGAAUAUAGUGGUGAAGUUCAGACCGAAAGUGGAACUUUUCUCGGGGGGUUGAACGUUAGGUUUUGAGAGAAUGGUGGAUAACCCACAUUCAUGCAACUACUAAGUUGACAGUAUAUUCCACCAGAGAGCCCAAAAGCUCAUUUCAGGUUAGACCAAAAGGAAACAUAAGAAUGCCACCAGGUUGGGGACCCCCGCCAGGAGGACCAGAGGGCUGUGGCUGCUUUGAUUUUCUCUGUGGUGGCAUAUGCAGGCUUGCAUCCUCUUGUUUGUAUCUCCUGUGCUGCUGCUGCAUCUUUGAGAAUUGCUGUGGACCAAUAUUUGGCGCUCCACAUGGACCCCACGGUGGCCCACAUGGACCUCACGGUGGCCCUCCAGGACCCCAUCGGUUCUGAUCACCUGAUGAUCAGUCAUGUUAUUUCUCAUCAUUUCUUUAUCUGUAGAGAUUGCGUUUAUGUAUGACUCGUUCGUUACCUAGUUUUUGAUUAUUUAUAUUACUCCCAAGUGCAUUGCUUUUUAUGGAAAGGAAUGAUAAAAGAGGGUCUAUUUUGUUUCCUCAA